GAAAACCCUAUGAAUCGCAGCGGAGCACUGUCUGAUGGAGCCCUGGAAGGGGAGAGGGUGGCGCAGAAACACCGGGCAGGCUCCACUCUGCUGGCCACAGGGAGCGAGGAGGUGCUCAGGCCACGAGGACAGAGCCCUCACGAAUGGGAUCAGUACUUUUAUACAAGAGACCGCAGAGCUCGCUUGACCCCUGUGGCGAGGGAGGACGCGGUGGGGAGUCAGCAGUCUGCAGCCCGGAACAGGGCCCUCCCCGGAACCCGGCCGCGCUGGCGCCUGACCCUGGACGCCAGCCCCCAGGACUGUGGGAAGUGCACCUCUGUGGUUCGCAGGCCACCCGGUUCCCGGGGUUUCGUCACAGCAGCCGACUGGAUUAGGAAGGUCUCUUGGGUGUCUGUUGACCGGGGUCGGUUCCUCGCUCUCUCUUUGCGUCUGAGGACAUGGGCGCUUCUGGAGGGCAGGACAGGGGUUCUGUAGAGCGUCUCGCAUUCUGGGUUCACUGGCUGUUUCCAGAUUAGAUCGGGUGACACGUUUGGUUGGGAACACCCCAGCGGUGAUGCUGUGGCCACUCAAUAUCUCACUUCAAGGGACGUGAGGUGGCAGUUUGUCCCAACACCAGUGAUGCUGAGUCAGACCCCAUGGUCAAGGUGGCGUCUUAGCCCGCUGGGGCUGCUGUGACAAUAGACCACAAACGGGGUGGCUGGAACAAUGGAAGUUGAUUCCUCACAGGUCUGGAGGCUGGAAGGCCAAGAUCAGGGUGUCGGCAGGGCUGCUUCCCUCUGAGGCCUCGCUCCUUGGUUUGCAGGUGGCUGCCCUCUUGCUGUGACCUCAUGUGGUCUUUCCUUGGUGUCCACACUUGUCUGACGUCUCUUUGUGGGUCCAAAUAAGGACGUGAGGCCAAUUGGGUUAGGGCCCAUGCUGAUGGUCCCACUAACUCAGUCACCUCUUGAAAAGGUCUGUCUCCAGGUCCAGUCGCAUCCUGAGGGACUGGGGGUUAGGCAUUCAAUGUAUGAAUUUUAGGGGACGCAAUUUAGCCCCUAACAGGUAGUGACGGCCAGGUCUCUCCAUUGUCCCAGUCCUGCUUUCCCUUUGUAAUUAAUAAGUUAUCUGUGGGGUGAUACUUCGAGGCUGUGUUUUCCCCCAACUUUUAUUUCUAAGUCUUUCCAUGUAAUUAUUUUGGCUUGGCAUCAGUUGUGAUUUCAAAGAGUUGGAAGAGUACGUGUCCAACAAUAGGGGACGACCCGUCUCCCAAUCUAGAUUCAGGAUUUUUAAUCCCCACUUUUCAGAGGAGGAAACUGAGGCUCAGAGAGGGUAAGUUACUUGCUCAAGGGCACACAGCAAGUUUACUCUGGUAAUUACCACCGCUUACUAAGUGCUCCUGUGUGCCUGGUACUUAAUAACACGCAUUGCAUGCAGCCGGACCCAGCGGGUUGACUUGGUGAUUUAAAGGCCACACACCCAGCGGUGCUGUUGGUGAUGGGGUUUUCAGAAGUGGCGAUCCAUUCUCCAUCUAAACGAAAUCCAGGCUUCUCUCCAUUAACGUGGUGGUUGCAGUCCUUGAAAAUUCUGCAUAUUUAAAAAUUAUGGGCGAAAUACUGUAUAUGGAAAACAGAGCGAGGGUAUAGGCUCUGAUCAUUUUAAACGGGUUUGUCACUGACGUGAACGUGGGCAGGACUUGUGUGGGACUGCCCCUGGUUGGGUAACGUCUCUGGUUCCGCGGACUGCCUGCUGAGGGUUCCCAUCAUGGUGUCAACCAAAAUCACCCUCAAUAUCCCAAAUGCCCCCUAGAGGGCAGCACUCUUCCACUGAGACCACCGGACCCUUGCAUUUCACAGGCGGGGGCUUUAGAAGUUCAGAGCUGACUUUAGAGCCUGGCUGGUGCCCCUGGGCCCCUGGGUGACCCAGGAAAGCCCAGUGGCCAAAAGGGUCUGGGCCAGGACUAAAGGGGCUGCUUUCUAUCCACUGCCGUCUGUGGCUACUGAGCAGGAAUUCUGACCCUGGUUGCCAUGGCUUCCUUGAUUCAAAAGAGAAUCCGAAAAUCUGGAAUAAUUUGGUAUCUCACACUUUUUCAAUGUAGGCUCCAACUUUUUAUUUGAGGGAAAAUUUUUUAAAGCUUUUUUCUAGUUUUUUGUUUGUUUUAUUGAGAUAUAAUUGAUACACAGAAAAAUUGCAUUGCGUAUUUAAUGGACACAUUUAAUGACAUUUAACAUACACAUUUUGAUGACAAAAAUUUUAAUCUACAGAAAAAUUAAUAGGCUAGCACAGUAAGCACCUGUGGACCGUGCCCCUGUAGUCACCAUGUGUGGUGUAUCUGUCGCCCUCUGUCCACACGCACAAACACACGCAUACACGUGCACACACGCAAAUACACACCUUGUUUUUUUGCAAAUGAGUUGUAAAUAUCAUGGGAUUCACCUUCAGAGACUUUGGCCUUCAUGGCCUGAGAGUAAGCUCCUGCAGGGGACAAUACCGUUCCCAUCCUCGGAAGACUAGCAAUAUCCCAUAAUAUCGUCUAAUAGAGUGUUUGCACUUAAAUUUCCCAGCUAUCCUCAAAAUGGCUUUGGUGGUUGUUUCUUCCUCCUCAGUCCCGGAUCCAGUCAAGCAUCAGAUGUUGCAUCGAUUGUCCUGUCUCUUUGGUCCCUCUCCUUGAUUUUUCAGCUGAAUUGUAUUUGAUUAAAUCUUAAGCAGACAGCUCUGUGAAUUUUUACACAUGCAGACAGUGUGCAACUACCAGCCAGGUCAAAAUACGUUAGUUGUUCUCUUUUUGCCCCAAAUAUCAAGCCCAUGUUUUACUGUCUUUCACGACACUGAUAUUUUUGCCCCAGUGACCCGCAAUGUGGGCUUGUCUGGUGUUUUUUCACGACGAGAUCCAGGUGAUGCACUCGGAGAAGUGAUGUCGUGUCCUUCCCGGCGCGGCCCGUCAGGGGGCAUCCGCGUCGUUAGUGAUGCUGACCUCGGUCACCUGGUUAAGGUGAUGUCGCCCGGGUCUCUCCACUGCAAAGCCGCCUUCCUCCCCUUGUCAUCAGUGUGUCAUCUGGGGGACGUACUCAGAGGCCCCACCUGCAUCCAAUUUUUAAAAGCCAAGUGGCCAAAGAAAGCGCAUCUGUGGGGCAGCCGUCGUGUUCUGAGGUCCCCAGGCCACCAGCGGGGUCUCAGCAAACAGCCUUCCAUCAUCCUCGGGGGAGAGGGCCAGGGGGCUGCCGAGGGAGGCCCCGGGGAGUUUGGGGGGGUGCAGGCGUCCGCGAUGGGACCCCCCCCCGGAACCCCUGUCUUCCUGCAGCUCCGGGACUGUGGAGGGCUGCGGGAGGUGGAGGUGACUGCGUGCCUGGUGUGGAAGGACUGGCCGCACCGCGUGCACCCGCACAGCCUCGUGGGGAAGGACUGCACCGACGGCGUCUGCAGGGUGCGGCUCCGGCCUCACAUCAGCCCCCGGCACAGCUUUAACAACCUGGGCAUCCAGUGCGUGCGGAAGAAGGAGAUCGAGGCCGCCAUCGAGCGCAAGAUUCAGCUCGGCAUCGACCCCUACAAUGCCGGGUCCCUGAAGAACCAUCAGGAGGUGGACAUGAACGUCGUCAGGAUCUGCUUCCAGGCCUCUUACAGGGACCAGCAGGGACAGAUGCGCCGCAUGGACCCUGUGCUCUCUGAGCCCGUCUACGACAAGAAGUCCACAAACACAUCAGAACUGCGGAUCUGCCGGAUCAACAAGGAGAGCGGGCCGUGCACAGGCGGCGAGGAGCUCUACCUGCUGUGCGACAAGGUGCAGAAAGAGGAUAUCUCAGUGGUGUUCAGCAGGGCCUCCUGGGAAGGCCGGGCUGACUUCUCCCAGGCCGACGUGCACCGCCAGAUCGCCAUCGUGUUCAAGACGCCGCCCUACGAGGACCUGGAGAUCGUGGAGCCGGUGACGGUCAACGUCUUCCUGCAGCGGCUCACCGACGGGGUCUGCAGCGAGCCCCUGCCGUUCACGUACCUGCCCCGGGACCACGACAGCUACGGUGUGGACAAGAAGCGGAAACGGGGGAUGCCCGACGUCCUUGGGGAGCUGAACAGCUCUGACCCCCACGGCAUCGAGAGCAAACGGCGGAGGAAAAAGCCAGCCUUCCUGGACCACUUCCUGCCCAGCCAGGGCUCAGGCCCCUUCCUCCCACCGUCAGCCCUGCUCCCGGACACAGACUUCUUCCCUGGCACCGUGUCCCUCCCCGGCCUGGAGCCCCCGGGCGGGCCGGACCUCCUGGACGAUGGCUUUGCCUACGAAACCACGACCCCCACGCUCUUCAUGCUGGACAUGCUGCCCCCCGCGCCGCCGCUCGCCAGCGCUGUUACGGGCAACGGGGGUGCAGGGGCCGCGGUUGGGGAGCCCUCUGGCCCCGAGCCGCUGACGCUGGACUCGUACCCGGCCCCGGGCCCCGGGGACGGGGGCACUGCCAGCCUCGUGGGCAGCAACAUGUUCCCCAACCAGUACCGCGAGGCGGGCUUUGGGGGCGGCCUCCUGUCCCCGGGGCCUGAGGCCACGUAGCCCCCCCUCCGCGGACGCAGAGGAGAGGCGUUGGGUGGGGAGGGAGGUGCACGGGGCCCGGCGGACCCAACCGGGAUGUCCAGCAUCCACAUCCCUAGGGCCGCCCUGAGUCCGUCUCCCGACCUCCUCAUCCUUCUGAAUCGGACAUCUUCAGCGCUGGCGAGAAGCUCCGUAGCAUCGCUUUCCCGCGAGCCCAUUUUACAAACGAGGAAACUGAGUCUGGAGAGGAAAGGGGGCGUGGCUCCACGCACGGGCUGGGAAAGCUGCGUCCGCCCCACGAUCGGGGGCACCUCUCCAGGCGGAUUCUAGAGUGUACAGACGGGAGGAGGGCACAGAGCCCCAGCCCUCCUUCCCCAGGCCUGACGGUGGGGGUGGGUUGUUUGUUCAGUCUUCCUAAUAAAGAUGAGUUUUUGAGCCUUGGGGCUCC